UUUCCGGAUUGGUCCGUGUAGAACUUUGUAUAUUUCUUUUAACAUGUGUCGCUGAAAAAUUUCACAACAAAUAUUGACAGCUUUUAAAAACUCAUAAUGCCUCAGAACGAACAUAUAGAACUCCACAGAAAAAGACAUGGCCGCAGACUGGAUUACCAUGAAAAAAAACGUAAAAAGGAAGGAAGACAACCACAUAAAUUGGCAGAAAAGGCAAAGAAACUUAGAGGCAUCAAAGCCAAGUUAUACAAUAAAAAGAGACAUUCAGAAAAAGUACAGAUGAAGAAAACAAUUAAAAUGCAUGAAGAAAGAAAAACUAAAAAGAAGAAUGAUGAAGAGGUACCAGAAGGAGCAGUACCUGCCUAUUUAUUGGACAGAGAGGGUCAAAGCAGGGCAAAAGUAUUAUCUAAUAUGGUCAAACAGAAAAGGAAAGAAAAGGCUGGUAAAUGGGAAGUACCAUUACCUAAAGUGAGAGGAAUGAGUGAAGGGGAGGUGUUUAAAGUAGUCAAAUCAGGAAAAACAAGACGGAAAGGAUGGAAGAGAAUGGUAACAAAAGUAUGUUAUGUAGGAGAAGGUUUUACAAGAAAACCACCCAAAUUUGAAAGAUUUAUCAGACCUAUGGGAUUAAGAUUUAAUAAAGCACAUGUAACACAUCCAGAAUUAAAGGCUACAUUCCAUUUACCCAUCAUUGGAGUCAAGAAAAAUCCUACAUCACCCAUGUAUACAUCAUUAGGUGUAAUCACUAAAGGAACAGUCGUCGAGGUUAACAUAAGUGAAUUGGGUUUAGUAACACAAGGUGGAAAAGUCAUUUGGGGUAAAUAUGCACAGGUGACAAAUAAUCCAGAAAAUGAUGGCUGUAUUAAUGCAGUAUUACUAGUGUGAAGCAGAUUUCAGACAAUAUAUUGGAUAACAAUAGUUUAUAGGCACCAGUUUCCUGAAUAAGUGUCUAUGAAUAAUAUGGAUGGUAUUUGUAUUGUGACUGCAUUUGUGAUACCUGCAAAAAGAAGCUUCCUGUUAAGCUGUGUCAAUUAUUAUUAUUUAAAUAGUGAUAUUUUUUAGCGAUAUGUAUAAUGCACAUUAAUAAAAUAUGUGGUUUCAUCAAGAAUAUAUAAAAAUAAAACGAAAAAAAAACCGGAA